GCCAUGGGAGCAGCAGCAUGAAGUCUGAUGGUCUCUUCCUUUUGGGAGUCUUCCUGGCCCUCGGGUCCGAGCUGACCUGGGGUCCCGGCAGAGUCCAAGGGGAUUCGGAAAUUUCCAGCUCAAUCUGCAAACUCCCUUACUCAGUGGGACCAUGCAAGACAUUUAUUACCAUGUAUUAUUUCAAUGCCAAAGCUAACCGAUGUAAACUGUUCAUCUACGGAGGCUGUGAGGGGAAUGAGAACAGAUUUUACACCUUGGAUGAAUGCCAGGAAAUCUGUGCUGAAAACCCGAGUCUUCAUCCUGAACUCUCUUCUACGCAGCUGCUGUCCCUCGCAGAUUCUGAAACUUCCAGCUCCAUCUGCCAACUCCCUUACUCGGUGGGACUAUGCAAGGCCCGUAUUCUCCGGUAUUACUUUGACGCCGAAACUAAGCAAUGCGAAGAAUUCAUUUAUGGAGGCUGUGGGGGAAAUGAGAAUCAAUUUCACACCUUGGAAGAAUGCAGAAAUGCCUGUGACAAUUCUGAAACUUCUGGUUCAAUCUGCCAACUCCCUUACUCGGUGGGACUAUGCAAGGCCCGUAUUCCCCUGUAUUACUUUGACACCAACACUCAGCAAUGUAAAUCGUUCUACUACGGAGGCUGUGGGGGAAACGGGAACCGAUUUUCCACCUUGGAAGAAUGCAGAAAUACCUGUGGAGGUUCUCAAAUUUCCAAGUCCAUCUGCCAACUCCCUUACUCGGUGGGGCUAUGUAAAGCCCGUCUUCAGCGGUAUUACUUCAGUGUCCAAACUCAGCAAUGUAGACAGUUCUACUACGGAGGCUGUGGAGGGAACGAGAACAGAUUUUCCACCCUGGCUAAAUGCAGAGAUACCUGUCUCGAGAAAUAGAAAGUCCAGCAUCCAGUGGUAUCCCACUCUCCUGAAUCUCCUCCAUGGGACCAGAUGUUUGGCCAUACCUGGAGUUCUGCCACUGAAAGCUGAGGUGCUGCUAUUUCAGCACCCAGAUCCAGGAGAAGGGGAUGCCAAGAAUAGUGUGGACAAUGCUUUGGGAAGCUUUUCCUCUCACAAUAAAGGCCGCAUGCAAUCCAG